AACAUGAAACCCGAAUGUAUGAGAAAGCAUAGAAGACUGAAGGUCAUCCAUACAAUCCCACCAUUUUCAUUUUCCUCAGUUAUCCAUCCAUUGUUCCAUUCAGUGUAGUCUUGGACUGUACAUUUGCCACCAUUGUUGCCUGUUUUCAGCUUCCUCUUCUGUAAUCUGAAAUGUCCGAAUGCAGAAAUGAAUCAGAAUGGAGAAGGAAAGGGUCGAUGAUGUGAUUGAUUUUCUUUUUAUCUUUGGAAAUUAAUUUUUGUGCUUUGAAUUUCUUCCAUUUUCAAACCUCAUUUUAGUUUAAUAACCCCUUUAUAAGUCUUAAGUUUAUUGCACAAAUGGCUGCCACCGCCUCUUCUUGUAAGGUCUUAUCCCAGAGAAACUGCUUGCAUAUUAGAGGGGCAGCUAGUGUGGGUUUGUUCAAUUUCAGUGGUAGUUCCUCUAUUAAAGUUGCAAAUAGAUUACACUAUUGUACACGUACAAGUGGCGUGCAGGAUCUGCCAUCUUCAAAGCGAAGGUCUCGUGGACCCGUCAUGGCAGCAAAGAAAGGUGUUGGUGGGACAGAACAAGAUGGGAAGUACAAAGAUACUGUAAAUUUGCCUAAAACAAAGUUUGGAAUGAGGGCCAAUUCUUUAGUUAGGGAGCCUGAGCUUCAGAAAUUAUGGGAAGAUAAUCAAGUAUUUAAGAAAGUUUCUGAAAGAAAUGACGGGAAUACAUUCAUUCUUCAUGAUGGUCCUCCAUAUGCAAAUGGUGAUUUACACAUUGGGCAUGCUUUGAAUAAAAUCUUGAAGGAUAUCAUCAACAGAUACAAGCUCCUUCAAAAUUGUAAGGUUCAUUAUAUCCCUGGUUGGGAUUGUCAUGGUCUUCCGAUUGAGUUGAAAGUGCUGCAGUCUAUGGAUCAAGAAUCCAGGAAAGGGCUCACUCCAUUAAAACUGAGAGCUAAGGCAGCUAAAUUCGCUAAAGAGACUGUUAAAACUCAGAUGGCUUCUUUCAAACGCUAUGGAGUCUGGGCAUCCUGGGAUAAACCGUAUUUGACUCUGGAUCCUGCUUAUGAAGCUGCUCAGAUUGAAGUUUUUGGUCAGAUGGCCCUGAAGGAGCAUAUCUAUAGAGGCAGAAAGCCAGUUCACUGGAGUCCCUCGUCACGAACAGCUCUGGCUGAAGCUGAAUUGGAAUACCCCGAGGGUCAUGUUUCAAAAAGCAUGUAUGCCAGUUUUAAAGUGGUUGAAUUGUCUUCAACUUCCUUUGGCAUAUUGGAGGAGUUCCUUCCAGAUUUGCGCUUAGCUAUAUGGACCACUACUCCAUGGACUAUUCCAGCCAAUGCAGCUGUUGCCGUAAAUGCAAAACUAAAUUAUGCUGUGGUCGAAUUACUUUCACCGGAAGAACCUGCUCCAACAUCUACUACUAAUGGAAAACGGAAGUUCGGAAGUAUUUUGAGUGAAUCGAAGAAACCUUAUCUUAUAGUAGCGUCAGAUCUGGUAGAAACUCUGCAAGCAAAAUGGGGAUUGAAGCUUCAGGUGAAAAAAACUUUUUUGGGUUCGGAUCUCGAAAAUUGCAAAUAUACUCAUCCAAUUGGUAAGCGAGAAUGCCCAGUGGUGAUAGGAGGUGACUAUAUCACAACGGACUCAGGAACCGGACUAGUACACACUGCACCUGGUCAUGGUCAGGAGGAUUAUAUCACUGGUCUUAAAUAUAAAUUUCCUAUUUUUUCACCUGUGGAUGAUGAUGGAAAAUUCACUGCAGAAGCUGGACAAUUCUCUGGGUUAGAUGUACUUGGGGAUGGCAAUGUGGCAGUUGUUAAUUACUUGGAUGAAUGCUCAUCACUUAUUAUGGAAGAACCUUACAAGCAUAAGUAUCCGUAUGAUUGGAGAACCAAAAAGCCUACUAUUUUUAGAGCAACUGAGCAGUGGUUUGCAUCAGUUGAAGGGUUCCGGCAAGCAGCCAUGGAUGCAAUUAAUAAGGUGACAUGGAUCCCAUCUCAGGCAGAAAAUAGGAUAUGUACAAUGACUGCAAGCCGUUCUGAUUGGUGUAUAUCUAGGCAGCGGACGUGGGGUGUCCCAAUUCCUGUUUUCUAUCAUAAAAUAUCAAAGGAACCUUUAAUGAAUCAAGAGACUAUUAGUCAUAUCAAGUCUAUUAUAUCGGAGAAAGGAAGUGAUGCUUGGUGGUACAUGACUGUUGAAGAUUUACUUCCUGAAAAAUAUCGUGAUAAAGCUUUGGAUUAUGAGAAGGGAACUGACACCAUGGACGUUUGGUUUGAUUCUGGCUCAUCAUGGGCUGCUGUUUUGCAGAAAAGAGAAGGCCACAGCCUUCCCGCAGACUUGUAUCUUGAAGGAUCAGAUCAGCAUCGAGGUUGGUUUCAGAGUUCUUUGUUGACCAGUGUUGCUACUAGGGGAACUGCUCCAUAUUCUGGUGUUAUAACACAUGGAUUUGUACUAGAUGAGAAGGGUUUAAAGAUGAGCAAGUCAAUGGGUAAUGUUGUAGAUCCUCGUACUGUAAUUGAAGGUGGUAAAAACCAGGGGGAAUUACCAGGCUAUGGAGCAGAUGUCCUCAGACUUUGGGUGUCUAGUGUAGACUAUACAGGUGAUGUGAUGAUUGGAUCACAAAUUCUUCGUCAGAUGUCUGAUAUUUAUCGAAAGCUUCGAGGAACUCUACGGUAUCUUUUGGGAAAUCUGUAUGAUUGGAAGGCAGAGGACACUAUUUCUUACAAUGAUCUACCCAUGAUUGAUCGACAUGCACUCUUUCAGCUGGAAACUGUUGUCAAGAACAUUACCGAUGGUUAUGAGAAUUACCAAUUCUUCAAAAUAUUUCAGAUUAUCCAACGGUUUGUGAUUGUCGAUCUGUCAAAUUUCUAUUUUGACGUCGCGAAAGAUCGUCUAUAUGUUGGGGGAACGACAAGCUUUACAAGAAAAAGUUGCCAGACCGUUUUGGCUGCACAUCUUCUUUCAAUUGUAAAGGUUAUUGCUCCUAUAUUGCCACAUUUAGCUGAGGACGUAUGGCAGAAUCUUCCGUUCCAGAUUGGCAAUGAAGACGACUCUGCUAAAUUUGUUUUUGGGUCGGGUUGGCCAGUACUAAAUGAGCAAUGGCUUGCUUUUCCCGAUGAUGAAGUACAUUUCUGGUCUAAAAUUCUUGAGUUGAGAACCGAGGUAAAUAAGGUACUUGAAUUCGCUCGAACUGAAAAGUUAAUCGGGUCCAGUUUAGAAGCUAAGGUUUAUAUUCACACCCCGGAUGCAAGCCUCGCCAACAGAUUGCAUCAGAUGAGUGAAGCCGAGAACAAUGCUGAUUCACUUCAUCGCAUCUUCAUUACUUCUCAGGCCGAGGUAGUUUCGUAUUUAGAGAAUCUUCCUAGCACACCUCACACCGGAGAGUAUGUUAUUCAAGGAAGUGAUAUUAAGGUUUGGAUCGGUGUAUCAAGAGCAGAAGGCUCAAAAUGUGAGAGAUGCUGGAAUUACUCGACCCAAGUUGGUUCCUUCACAGAGCAUCCAACUCUUUGUCCUCGCUGCAAUGAAGUUGUCGGUGCUCAGCCCAUUCCGAAACUAGCUGCUGUCAGUUGAAAUCGGAAAAGUAUGCUGUGCUUUUUUUUAGUUAAACCAUUGUUUCUCGGGUGCGUUUGCCUGAGACGUCAUUUCUGGUGAUUCGAUUUAACAUCAUUAUAGUUGGGAUUUCCUUGGAGCCGUGAGUGCUGAAGAAUUUUUGUAUAGGAGCUCAUUUCAAGUAUCAAGAUAUAAUGGUAAGCUAUAUUUAACUCGGGGUUUGUUUUAUGCGGUUCACAACACUGGCCUUCAAGCUUGAACCAACUCGACCUUUUUUGAGCUUAUGAUUUCAAGUUCGACUUAACUUAAAACUCGCCCCGAGUUCAAAAACAAUGUAACCAAGUAUAUUUUUUUAUUUUGUAAAAAUAUUAUUUUCACGAGUUUGUGGUCAUACAUAGAAGCAUUGUUCUAAUAACAAACUUUGUUCCUAAUUCAAACUUUUUUUGCAACUUUUUGUAAAUUAAAAGUGUACAUGUUUAAUGAAUAAUAUUACUAUAGACUUCGGUAUGUUCUAUGA